ACGAAAUGCAGCCGUAAAAAGCCCAAAAGUAAACCCUUCCGAGACGCCGUUCGUCGGAGUCCCCCAUUUCCGACGUAAUCUCCGGCGUAAAUCCGGAUGUCUGCAGCUGUGCGCCGUCUGCACAGAAAUCUCAGAAUCCGCCAUUCUCCUUACCCUCCAUUGCUCCACCUAAGCUCAGAAACCCGAUUCUUUUGUCACCAGUUGAUUCAAUUUGCUUGCUUCAACUGCUCGAACUCGCCCGGUGUUGCUCCAGAAUCCGAUUUUCUCGCGCAGUUUUCUCCUCUCAGCACCGAUUGCUCCGACAACGUGAUUAAUUCAAAUGAGAGACGCAGGCUCGCCGUCGGAAUUUCAACGAUUAUCAAAGCGGAGAGAGGAUAUCUUCUCCGCGAAUUUUCCGGUAAUUUCUGCCCAUUCAGCCUCGUAAAGAUCAUGAAAGCCCUAGUUAAUCGUGAUGUUGCUUUUGCAUUUUUCAAAUAUGUAUUCCGCGAUCAUUCCGAUGGUGUAGUCCGCCAUUGUUGUGUUUUAGUGCACUCAUUAGUGCCCGAAGAGUCGAGGUAUUUAGCGCAAGAUGUGCUGACUUGGGUUAUUCAGGAAAUAGGUGAAGAAAGGAGUUACAAUACUGUGUGGAGGGACUAUUACAGUAACACGUUCGAUUUUUUCGUUCUCGAUACUCUAAUGCGUUCUUUCACAAACACGAAAAUGGCAUCUCCUGCAUUGGAGGUUCUCGAUAGGAUGAGACAAGUUGGUGGUCGGCCGAGUGUAUCUGCAGUUUGUGUUCUGUUUAAAUUAUUGCUUAUGCUUGGCGAUUUUAGUCGUGUGUGGAAGUUAUUUAGAGAUAUGGUUCGUAAAGGACCUAUACCUUCGAUAUAUGUCUACAAUAUGAUGGUUCUUGGAUUUUGUAGGCAGGGAUGCAUUAGUAUUGGAGAAAGUUUAUUGUGUGUGAUGGGGAAGUACGGCUGCGAACCCGAUGUGCAUACAUAUAAUAUCUUGAUCAAUGCUUAUUGCGUUAGAGGGUGGAGCUGGGAUGCGUUGGAUUGGGUGGAUGUGAUGGUUGAAAACGGUUGCAAACCGAGCUCCGCUACGUUUAGUACAGUCAUCAACGCGUUUUGCAAGGAGGGUAAUAUCGUCAAAGCAAGAAAUGUCUUUGACGGUAUGCAGGAAAUGGGUGUUUUUCCAAACACGGUAUUGUACAAUGCUUUGAUGGAUGGUUAUGUUAAGGCGAGAGAAAUAGGUCUAGCAAAUAUGCUUUACGAGAAGAUGAGGAGAAACGGUGUGGUCCCCGAUAGUGUAACUUUUAACAUUUUAUCCUGGGGUCAUUACAAGUAUGGCAAGGUGGAGGAUGGUGACAGGUUAUUAAGGAACAUGUCGGUGCUGGAAUUAGUACCGGAUCGUUCGUUGUCUGAUGUAUCUAUUGGAAGACUAUGUUGGGCGGGAAGAUUAGACGAAGCUUUCGAGUUAUUGGAGCAUAUGCUAGAGAAAGGGAUUCAUCUUAGUGUAAUUGCGUUCAACUCCUUAAUCGUUGCUUAUGGCAAAGCGGGGUUAGAUGACAAAGCUUUCGAAGUCUAUAACGUCAUGGUGAAAUUCGGUGUUUCUCCUUCGGCUUCGACGUGUUCUUCACUUCUUUUAGGUCUAUCUAAAACCGGAAGGCUCGAAGAAGCCAACUCACUUAUACACAACAUGAUUAAACAGGGGUAUCCAGUAAGUAAAGUGGCUUUUACCGUGGUUCUUGAUGGAUAUUUCAAGAAAGGCGAUAUGAUGAGAGCUCAUGAUCUGUGGCAAGAAAUGGAGUCCAUGGGGGUGGCCCCCGAUGCCGUUGCCUUUUCUGCUUUUAUUGACGGGCUUUCUAAAGGAGGGUUUGUCGAGAAGGCGUAUGACAUGUUCUUGAAAAUGACGAGCAAAGGUCUUCUGCCGAAUAACUUUGCUUACAAUUCUUUGAUUUCUGGAUUUUGCAACUGCGGGAAUCUAGACGAAGCUUGGAAGUUGGAGAUGGAGAUGAGGGAGAAGGGUUUAAUACCAGAUUUAAUCACCUUCAACAUUAUUAUCAAAGGGUUUUGUAGACAGGGGAGGAUGACAUCAGCGAUGAAUACUUACAUAGAUAUGCACAGGAAUGGAUUCAUAGCAGAUACCGUGACUUACAACACUUUGAUCAGUGGAUUCUGUAAGCAGUUCGAUAUGUUGAAUGCUGAAAACUGGGCUAACAGAAUGGAGUCCAGUGGGUGGGGCCCGGAUGUAAUAACCUACAACACGCAGAUUCACGGCUACUGCCGAAGCAAGAGAAUGAAUCAGGCUAUAAUGAUGUUCGAUGAUCUUAUUUCUUCCGGAAUUGUUCCCGACACAGUCACCUACAAUACUCUGAUGAAUGGUAUAUGUCAUGAUAUACUGGAUCGUGCGAUGAUCUUGACAGCAAAACUGCUCAAGAUUUCCUUUGUUCCUGAUUUAGUUACGAUUAACUUACUGCUAUCUAAUCUGCGCAAGCAAGGGCUACCGCAGAAGACAGUGACAUGGUUUCACAAGUUGAGGGAGAUUGAGUUUGAGUUCGAUGAGAUAACAUGUAAGAUUUUGGACAAAGCGGAUCGGGAUUUAGAAGAAGAUGUUGGAUGUAAAGAAGAAAUAACGGGGAAUAUUCCGUUUGUAGACUUCCUAAUGUACAUUACGUAUGAUUUUAUAUACAGAAACAGGGUUCGUCAUAAAUCAGAUUUUGACCCUUCGGAAUUUACCGAUAACCGUUCCAGCACUAAUGGGGAAGCAAUCAACAGAUGAGUGUAUGGAAUUAUUUUGCAUGGAAGUUUUUAUGUUGGCUAAACACGAGACUUCUCCGGAAGACCCUGUCAGAAUUCGGACCGCCUGGAUAAGAAUCUAGAAGUCGGAUUUCAAAUAAAAAAACGAGGCUGAAAUACCGUUUCGGGAAUUUAAUGGUGGAAAGGUACUUUCCCAUUUGAGCAUUACGUGUUUGUCGCGUAUGGUGAAGAAAGCAGUAACUAAGAAGAUUAACAGACUCAACUUUCCCACUAUUACCAGAUUGCAAAAAGGGUAAACCGCACCUACCUCCCACUAUCGGCCAACUUAGCAAUCUUACGAGCAAGUACUGAUUUUCAAGUCUCGGUUCGAUUUUCGUGCAGAAUUUUCGACUAUGGGCAGGAUUCAUAUUGAUUUAUCCAAUCCAAUCCAGUACUUUCUGCUUCGUGUGCCUGUAAAUACCCGAUGUCAGCUGCUGACGAGAUACGCAUUUUGUAGCCUAAAGCUGAGUGACAAAAUUAGUGUCUUUUUUUUUCCAUAAUAAUUAUAUUUGUGGAGUAGUGGAGUUUUUUGUGCUAGCUUUUAUUAAGACAGGGACCAUAACCGUAGAUUAGAGAUAAUACAGGGGUAGUAAUUGAAAUUAUCUCGUUUCUUGAUAGCAGAAAAAAGCACAUGAUCAACUUCGAUUUUGAUUUUAACAGAGAAA